AUGACUGCCCCAAGGAUGUAUACAGCCGAAACGGAAAAACUGUUGAAAGACAAAGGGCUGCGAUGUGUCUGCGAGUUAUGCGAUUGUGGGUAAGUGAAUUGCAGGUGAAACAAGCAUCUCUAAAUGUAAUUAAGACUUUCGUCCGACUGAGAUGAAUUAUUGAUUCUGCAACAGCCCUAUAGAAUGCAACCAGCUGUUUCAUUGUACUUCACACAAAAGGAAUAAAAAUUUUCGCGAUAAAUGAAUUUAAUAGUGCUAAAGGACUUUAAAUUUUGACUGCGAAGAUGUUGAAGUUACCAGCCGCAGGAAUGCGAGUUGUCACGACUGGGUUUGCACGCGCAUUGACGAUGUGGGCACAAGAGAUUUAUUUGUUUAUUCGUUUAUUCAUAUUUUCUGUUCGUCUUCUGAAACAAUGUUUAGAGGUUUAUUUAUGUAGAAAGAGAAAAUGUCAUUCGUAAGGUUAAAACAAACUUAUAGCGUACAUUUAUUUAAAGGUCGAAGGGGUUACACCAUAAUAUUCUCAAAAUGCUCAUAAAAUGUCCUCGAUGUUGCUUCCAGUUAACGGUUUAUUUGAGAUACUAUCAUGAAUCAACUUGUAGUAUAAACAGAGCGUUGUUUUAUAUCAUGAGUUUCAUGAUAUCGGUUGUUAUUAUAAGAAACUGAUUGAAUGCUUCGAGAGUCUCGAUUUACUCGUUGCUGUUGUCGGGCUUCUCACAUAUCACGAGUUUGUCCACGGAUUGUUCCACAGAGGAAAAUAUUGAGAUUUUAAUUAACUUCGUUCAAAACUCCUGGAAGUCGCAUUAUUUGAAUUUUUGAGAUGAAUUGCUCUCCGAAAAUAGCAUCUGAGAAAAUUUUGAAUAUCAACAAUGAGGUUUCUUCGCAAUGAAGCGUAGAUUAUUUGUCACGAAAGGCUGAUAUGACGACGCGCGAAACACAUUGUCGCGCGUGGAAGAGGAGAGGAAAUAUGGCGUUUUUUUUUUUUUUCUUCUAAGAUCCAUGAUAGACAUGCAACGUAUUUCUAUUUUGAGAACACGCAAUAGCUCCAUUUUUUUUUCGGCUGACAAAAUAUUGAGGGGUGGGAGUUUGAAAUCCUCUCAACUGACCUGUGCUUUAAACUACUGUUGAAAAAAAAAAAUGUAUGAAUAAAUGAAUUAAUUAAUUAAGGAAUUCUGAGGAAGAAAUGAUGAGUAGAGACCAUAAAAAGGUGUCACAUCCUGUCGACUAGCCACGAUAUACUGCUUGCUAGGACAUAGGUCAAGGUCCGUGAGGGAUAUAAAAUUAUACUUAUUUACAGUGUAACUAUUUAUUAGUUUUUCAAUAUCUUUUUUUUUCUCAUCGUUAGCGGAUACCAUCCUCACAUCGGCUGCACAAAAGAGCCACAGAAAAUGAAAUCAGUAUUUAAGCGACCGGGGCUGGCAGAUGCGAAGACUAACUAUCAAAACACUUACACUUCACAUGAUGGAGCUAAACCUCGCAAUACAAGAAAACCACUCCCGCGCCUUAGGAACCCUAACCCUCCCCCUAUGGACUUCAGAACGGUUCAGAGAAUGGAGUUUAUCCCAAGGAAACCUGAACCACAAGGAAGCUGUAAGGUAAUAAAGGGGUUUUAAGCUUGGGUUUAAUGAUGACGUAACAUUGCCUGUUUCACCAUGUUCCUGUUGAUUAUAUUAGGCUGAAGUCUUAGCUAUGGUGUGAGUGUAAAAAUGACGCGACCAAAAACGAGCGAGUGAUUUUGAGCCAGUUACGCGAGUAAUAACUAAGAUUUAGUCGGGUUUGAAUGAGAAUUCGCACGCGACUGUCUAUAUGCUUCCUGACACACAUUCUACACGCAAAGUGUUAUAAAUCACCAAGUUUUUUGCGCUUUCUGGAUCUUUCUCACACCUGUACGUUAUCUCAACUUGAGACGCAAGUACUAAAGGCUUCUCAUUCAAAUCUCCUUAUUUCGCAUAGAUGAUGGAUAAUUACAAGCCACCUGACGAGAAACUGGACGGAAAGACAAUCUAUGCGCAAGAGUUUGUAAACCGAGGCCCUCCAGAGGUGGUGAAGAUAACGCGACCAAAGACAGUCACGCAAAACCAGGGACUGAAAUUUCAGUCGGCCACCACUCACAACCAAACGUUCACGCCCAAAGUGCCCAGCCCCCAAGCACCGUUUGGCGAACUCCCUUGUUACACGGGGGGAAUCCUCUAUCCUGAGAAAAACGGCAGAUAUGACGUAACAACCUGGAAUCAAGACGUAUACCGUGGUAAAUUUGCGGCGCGCCCCGACGCCUUCAAGCCUAAAGAAGCGCAAGUGACCAUUGGUAUUGAAGGAGAUCACCUCUUACAAACGGUUCAUAGGGAUGCUUUCAAGACACCAACGAAAGACGCCAGGCCGGAAAUGACUAUUCGCCAGCCGACGCUCAAGACCCAGAAGCGCGCCAAGUUUCAGGGCGAAACUCAAGCUAAGAGCGACUUUCCAGGUUUCGGCGCGAAAAUGCCGUUGCCACCUAAACCCGUUACACCACCACCCGCCACUCUCCGAUUGGCUAUGGACAACGGGCGUGAUUUUGAAACAACCAAUAAUAGCUUUUACAAGAUCACGUGGGAUCCAAGGAAGAUUGAACGCACAAAGGCCCUAAAGCCGGAUAGCGACGAGUAUGUGCCUCCAGAAACAAAAUUUGCCACCACCACCAUCACCAAAGAAGAUUUCAAAGAAAAAGAACCCGUGAAAGUCACGAAAAUAAGGCCACCUUCCAAAAUCGAGCCAAACAAAGCGAAAUUCUUCGACGAAACUGCCUACAACGCUCAGUUCAAGCCAUACAGCAAAGUUCCUUACAUCCGCUACGGUGAUUUCCACGAGACAAACUUUUACCGCAAGCCUCUUGUGAAAUUCUACACAGACGGAUCAGUGACAACGCAAGACUUUAAGGGCGCUGAAGGUGGACGGCCGCGCACUUGUAUUAAACCAGAGGAGAGGUUUGAAAAAUCAACUGAAAAGAUGGAUGGUGCAACAGUUUACAGUGAGGCGUAUAAUCGCAAGAAGCUCCCGGACUGUUCAUAUUUAGAAUGGAUGAGCAAACACUUGGCGAAAAAGGCUUUGGCUACCGUAUGACAACUUACACACAUGUACUACGAGUGGAAGGAAACAUUUUCAUUUCGUAAAUCUCAAUUUUUCAACCGUUUGGUUAAUUCUUAAAUCUAUCAAAACGUGAUUAUCUUAUGUGUAAAUAUUUCAAAUGAAAUCUCGUAAACCAGGUGGUCGGUGUCAAGGAUUUGGCGUGUUGUCAAGACUGAAAUACCGUAGACAUUAAUUGUCCUUUUUUUUGCUGAAAGUUGUAAAAAACAGAAAGAUAAAACUGUAACAAGAUGUCAGCUUUAGAACAAAUCAAUCGUAUUUUGAAUGUGGUUGCAGUUUGGCAUAUUUUACUUCAUCCUCACAGCAGUAGAUCCUUCGCGCAUGUUUACACUACUCAGGAAGACUUUGCGGUUCCUUGGUGUUCGUACGAUCCCACGCCCUCUCCGCUAGGGCCUCAUUUCCUAAUAGGGUGCUUAAAGACUGAAAAAAAGGCCCC